AUGGAGCUCCGGGACAUCGAGCGGGAGAUUCUGCCGCUCGCCCAGCUCACGCGGCUGCGGGAGCGCUUGCGCCUGCUGUCGCUGUUCAAGACGCUGGACGAGCGCCUGGCGGACGCCAUGCAGCAGCUGUGCCUGGUGCAGAGCGCCUGCACCGAGGUGCGCCAGGCCUCCGUGCUGAGGAGCUUGCUGCAGAUUAUCGUCGUGCUCUUCAAUUACAUCAACUACGGUCAGGGCCCGGAGUCCAACAAGGAUCUGCGGAACGUGGACGUCCAGAGCCUGACGCACCUGGUGGAGACGCAGAGCUUCGGAGGGCCCUUCCCCAAGUUCAACAUGCUCCACUUCUGUUUGCAGGAGCUGGUGAAGCAGUUCCCAGACCUCACACAAGCUCAGCUGGACGAUGAGCUCAGCUCGUUGUCCGGGGCGUCCUAUGUGAACCUUUCGUCCGUGACUUUGGCGCUGGAGCGCCUGAAGGAGGACUUGAAAUUCGUGCAGACCGAGCUCUAUGGCCACCGGCAAGAGUACCAGAAGAAGGACCCGGAGGAGGCGCCCUCUGAGCGAAGCUCCAUGGGUCCGGUGAACUUCGACCUCGAGGAGAAUGACACCGCCUCCGAGGAAGAGCUGGUCCAAGAGAGCUCCGAAGACACCUUGGCGAAUCUGAGCCCUCGGAAGUCUGUGAUCGGGCGAUUGGUUUGCAUGGGCAUCGACACCUGGAGCUUUGCAGAGGACUGGUGUCAAGGCAGCGCCAUUGUGGGUGUCAACGAAGAAGCAGGCCACCUCCAGGCGGCUCUGGCGGCAGAUGGGGAGGUGCCCCCCCCUGGGGUGAUGUGGCGCUGGCGGCCCUCAGGGCGAUGGAAGCCCUACUUCUGCGAAGUCCGGGGGGCCUUGCUGGUGCUCUACAGGGUGAAGACUAGCACGGCCAAGCUGCGAGGCACCUUCUACGUGGUGCUGCCGGGUGCGGAGGUCGCGCUCCUCGACUCCUUGUACGCCACGCAGCAUGCGCGGGAGCUGGCGCGCGAGCACCCGCACGGAUUGGAGCUGCGGCCGGUGGGCAACCGCGUGGAGUACCUCCUCACAAAGACGGCGAAGGCGGCGCGUCCAUGGUCUCCGAUUUGGAUUCAGAGCCGGUUGGCCGAGCAAAUCUGCAUGUUCAGAAGUGUGAAGAGCAACUGGCAAGAUCUUUGA